GGCGAGCGUUUUAUAGAAUUUUCUCCCCCCGUCGCUUGGGAAGCAUGGCAUCGCACCGUCGACAGAUGUCGUUCAAUUCGUACAAUGCUACAGUCAUGGACCUGCAUAUCGCGGCCACAAACAUCCAGACGUGGUGGCGACGGUGGUCUGCCAAGGCCAAGCUGUAUUCAAGUCUAUUACGUGGCAAGCCCGAGUCCCUUGGAGCAUUACUCGUGAGUAUGACCACGGAGUUGGCAUCCCUUCGAGCGUUCACGGGGGACUUGGAAGCCAAGAACCGAAGGCUGUUUCAAGAACUCGAGGCGCUUCAGCAUGAAAAACUAGACCUUCGUGCGCACAGCACGAGCGAACAAAAGCGGCUGACCGAGGAAAUCACGUCGCUUCGAGCGUUGAUCCACAGUCACUUGGACGAUGGAGGGGCCGCAGAGGCCACUGCGCAACCAUUCACGACGAUACCAUCAUCGGUGGCAUUGAAAGCGUCCGAAGUUCGACAGGCAGAGGAGCCGGAAGAAGACCAAGUCGAUCGGAAGUACUGGCGGCAGGCGGCGUUGGCCGCACAGACCGACGCCGCGGCAGCCAAAUCCCGCGCGCGACACGCCGAGACCAAACUCUGCGAGUUGCUCGCCUUGCAUUCGAUGCAAGUGGACGAGUGCAAGGGGCUACAAGCCAAGCUCGUUCUAGCCAGAUUGGCAGCCGUAGAGUCGGACCAGCGGUGGACGGCGUUGAAUGACAAGUACGAUCGCGUAUCCGCGCAUGCCGACGACUUGCAGGAACAACUGCGGCGAAGCCAAGUGGAGGCCCAGUCGCAGUACUCGUUGUGGGUGCAGAGCCAGACCGAUCUCGAAGCUGUCAAAGUCGAGCGCGGCGAUUUGGUUCAAGACAUGGCGGUCAUUCGCGCCGCGAACGAUGGUUUGCGCAAGGACAACGAGUGUUUGCAGGCUAUGCAAGAUGAAGUAGCCGUGUUGAAGCGCUCAAUCAACGGAUUGAAAGGAACGGUGACCGCCAAGACCGCCGAAGCCAAGGCCUUCCAAGCGUACGGCGCCAGUGCCCGGGAACACCUCCAUUCACAAGGAAUGCAGCUGCAGCAGCUCUCGCAAUUCCAAAACAAGUUUCGAUCUGUGGGAACCGUUGCGUUGACGGCCCUAAGGGGUCUGAAACAUGCAGCGUGGGAUGCCAAGGACAUCCUCGUCACAUGGCAAUCGGAGAUGGCGUCAACCGUCGCAUUGCUCCAGACAAAGCUCGCCAACGCCUGUCAGUUCGUCCACCUCGCGCACAUCGAGCACAAGUUGCUCCGCCACGCGCUGCAGAACUCGACGGCGUCGUCCAUCCAUUUGCACGAACAGCUGUGGAAAGUCCAUCGCAAUGCGUUGUUCGUGUGCCAGGUGCUCACGAUGGCCGACGACGACAGCAAACCCACCAACAACAACCCAGACACAACCACCACCAGUCAUAGUCCCCGCAUCACGGCCAACUUUGAAACAGGGGACGUCCUGCUCACAAGUCCAGACUCGGUGCCGUUAACUGUGCAGUUUGACCAGGUGUAUUCGAACCGGGGGCGUGGAUGGUCCAAUGCCGAAAGCAUUUCACCGGCGAUUCAAAGCGUCUUGGCGGGCUACAACGCCUGUGUCGUGACCUUUGAAGGACAGCCAAACAUUGAAGCCAACACCAUGCAUGAUGACAUGUCGACAUCUGCCACAGCCCAAGUCCUCAACGAACUGUUUCACCAGUGCACGGGACUUUUUGGGUUUGCGACGAUCCAUUGCUCGUUGAGUUACCUCGGCAUCUACAGCGAGCACGUGUACGACUUGCUCAGCAUUUGCGAGGACGACAUCAACGACACCCCCCUCUUUCGCGGCGGCAGCUUUUCCGACGCUUGCUGUCCGUCCAACAACCACCCGUCUCCCCCAAUGGUGGUGCUGGACAUUCGCAGCGCGCAGGACGCCCAGAUCGCGGUCGCCGAAGGGCUCAAGAACCUCGAUCGCCUCAUGCAGUACUUCCCCACCAUGGAACAUCUCACCCACCGCCUCGUGACGGUGUGUGUGUCGGUUGUGCGGGCGUUCGAACAUCCGGACAAGGCAACGUCUGAGCCCACGAAAUCCAAGCUCCAGAUUGUGGAGCUGGCGUCGGGGGACGGCGGCCGGGAGUGCACGUGGCAGGACACGGAGCGCAUCCGAGCGACCAUCAGCGCCGAAAACAGCCUCCACGCGUUUACUUCGUGCUUGGGGGACCUUCGGCAAGCCGCCCAGACGGAGAGGGGGGGCGUAGGGGACGACAUCUCGAUGCGGUACCAUGCGUCCAAGCUCACGCUGCUGCUGCAGGAUUGCCUGGACGAUCAUGCCAAACUACUCGUGCUGUGCACAUUUACAACCACGGACAACCACCAACCGUGGCGAAGUAUACGGACCAUGCAAAUCCUCCACCUGUUUCGGGAUACCAUGGCGUCCAAGACGAGGGAACAACCUCUACAUGACGACAAUCAUCAUGCAGUGGACGAUAGCCAUUCGUUGUUUCUCCGGUAUGGUGGGGAACAUGUGACAUGGCAAGCCCCCGUGUCGACACGUGGCACGUCGUCACAGAACCCGUGGGACGUCGAGCUCGACGCCAUCAAAGGCCGCAAUGCGAUGAUGGUUCAGUCGAUGGACCUGUCAGUUGAAGCGAACCCGCCGAGUCCUCCCAGUCGAGGCAACAACAACCACCCCCCUAACAAUCACGCCACUACCCCUACACUUCCCCCAGACAGAAAAGUGUGGGCUCGGCACAGCAAAUCCGUCAAGCCGCCUUCGCGUCGGUCCAUCAAACCAUCGCCCGUGCAUCCCACAACGUCGUCACAUGCAACCACCCUGUUGCCCGAGUCUGCGCCAUCGUAUUCGAAUCCGCAUCACCAUUUCCUCUCAAAGCGCCUACCCUUUCGGUAAUCCCGGUCCCACGCCACUAUAUUAUCCAACUGUCGUGUGCUGCUAGUAAAUACUGUAAUAUAUAAAGCCCAGUGAACUAGCGCGAC